AUGAAUGUCUUAGUACAAUCAGCUCUUGCAGUUGUGAAGAAUCAUGCUGCAGCCAAAAACUACCCUGAAUUUGUUGCAGAUAAAGCAAUGUGCGGUGUCGACUGCGGAGACUUUGGUCAUAGUAAGGAAGAAUUAAAAAAUAUCAUUGAUGUUGCUGCAUCAUGGAUUGAUGGUGAGGUAUCGAAACAGCUUAAAGCACCACUGCAAUGCACAGGUUUAAACCCCCAUUUCUCUCUUACUAUGGACAAGGGAACUCCAGGACGAGAAACCAACCAAGCAACAACGAUUGUUUUUAAUGAUGAAGGUAAACGUAUUGCAGUACCAGUUGGUUCACCUGCGGUUUACCAAACAAACGACGAUAACACUGCAAUAACAGGUGCUUAUGCAAACCAAUUAGCUUCAAGUUCUAUAAUGUUGGUGAAGAAAACGUACGAACUGGAAACAGAUGAACUUUCAUACUGCCAGGGCAUCGUUGCUGAUGGACAAUAUCAAAGUGCUGGAUUCAGAGACGAAUUAAAGAGGUUGUUACCUUUUGAUUUUGAUGUAGACCCUGUUUUAGAUACCUUCUUCAGCAUUCUUUGGGAUCCAGGCCACUUUUCUGAUUUGGCCUUUACCGAUGUUCGAGAGGGAAAAUUGGAGACUCGAAAGAAUUCAUUUCAAGGGUCAUCAAGAGGUCAAAUGUUUUUGGAGCCGCCUUCCACUCUGGAAAACAUUUGUCAGAGUUGCAAAUGGUUGCCAAAUCUCUUGAUGUGA